UCAUUUUUGCUUGUGUUGCCAGAUAACACAGGCGCUUACAUGUGGUUUAGUUUAUCUGUUGAUUCAACUUAGUAUAUAUUUUUAAAAGCUACAUUUGGGCUUUGGGAAGAUUCAGGGGAGAUUCGUUUACGAAAAGACACUACUUAUUUUAAGCUGGCGAAAGAAUCAUAAUGUCACAGGCCACUAAACGCAAGCACGUUGUCAAGGAGGUUCUUGGAGACUUUGUGAUGCCAACAGAGAACCAACAGAUUGUGAAGGUGACUGGUAGCCGUGGCAACAACCUCCAUGAGACCAUCACAGCUCAGGGCCAGAUGUUCCUGGUGAGCAUGCCCACCAAAUUCCGCAAGAACAUUUGGAUCAAGAGAGGAGACUAUGUGAUUGUGGAUCCAAUCGAGGAAGGAGAGAAGGUGAAGGCAGAAAUCAGCUCCAUUCUCUACAAAGAUCACAUUGAGUACCUGCAGAAACAUCAUCUGUGGCCUGAGGGCUUCGCCAAGGAAAGCAAGCCAAACCAGGAAGACCACACUGAGGAGAAUGUAGAAGAGGAGGACAGCUCGGGAGACUCCGAGGACGACGAAGCUGAUCUCUUUGUCAACACCAACCGCUGCACCUACCAGUACAGCGAGAGCGAGGAGGAAGAGGACAGUGAGGCUGAGGGUGAAGAGGAACGGACAGAUUCUUAGUGGCAGCACUGACGACACACUUCUUGUUCUUACAACUUCUUUAUGGACCUGGUAUCGCAGCCAGUCGGAUGCUUUGACGGCUGGACUCAUUCCUGAUGAAAUGUUGGUGCAGGGGCACCCACAUGAAAGACUUUUUAUGUCGAAGCAUUUCCAUCUUAUUCAUUCCUGUGCUUGUAUUUACAUCUUAAAACAGUGCUUCUCUAACAGUGGGGCGGGCCCACCUGGGUGGGGCGUGAGAGGCGGGGGGGGACUAUUCUCAUAAAAUGUCUUCAAGGUUGGCAUGUGUGGUUGUGUUGAUGCUGGUGCCAGCAACUCAUGCAGUGGUUUGUACAGAUAAAUAAAUUAAUAUUACAGGUUUACAAUAGUAUUUCAAAUGACAAGAUUUACACAAAAUCUUGUGAAUUUCACAGAUUACAAUUUAGGGAAGUUCAUGUAUGACAGGUAGGGGCGGGUACCGAAAGCUGUACUUUUAUAGGCACGGACUGAAUUCCAUCUGUACUACCGAGCGUCGACUCACGUGAAAUCAAAAGGUACCAUGUUUCGGUACCUAAACACCAAUUUCAGUGGAGUGUUUGCAACAACAUUCAAUUCACAAGUGAAGAAGAUGAAGACAGAGGUAGAUGGCAAUGAUAACACCAACAAGGAGACAAAUUAAAGCUAUAGAAGCGGAAAUAAGUAUAAAUAUUUUUUUUAUGUACAUGGAUACAAUAAAACCUACCUGGGUCGCACGGUGGUGCUGUGGUUAGCAUGUUGGCCACACAGUCGCAGUCAGGAGAUCGGGAAGACCGUUGGGCAUUUUCUUUGUGGAGUUUGCAUGUUCUACCCGUGCGUGCGUGUGUUUUCUCCGGGUACUCCGCUUUCCUCCCACAUUCCAAAAACAUGCAUGUUAGGUUAAUUGGCGACUCUAAAUUGUCCAUAGGUAUGAAUGUGAGUGUGAAUGGUUGUUUGUCUAUAUGUGCCCUGCGAUUGGCUGGCGACCAGUCCAGGGUGUACCCGCCUGUCACCAGAAGUCAGCUGGGAUAGGCUCCAGCCUAUCCCCGUGACCCUAAUGAGGAUAAGCGGCAUAGAUGAUGGAUGUUUAAUAAAUCAAAGAAGACACUUGACAUGACACCAAAAUGUAAUUUUUGUAUUCACAGAUAAAUGAAAAUGGACUCAAAAUCAUAGGUGUGUAUUUUGUUAGUAAUAAGUAUACAAUAACACAUCAGUAGAUUGCAUAAAAAAUAUGAAAAAGAACAUUCACAACCAACAUGUUUAGUGCAGUAAUACUUUAUUUAGUAAAGUAAGACUGGAAUGUUCAUAUACAACAAUUCAGAUGUAAUUGACAUGUAAACCAGCAAUGAAAAAUAAUUCACCACAUAGGAGAAAGUUUGUAUUGUAUAGUGUGAGCAAUCUACCACAAUGGCAGUUUUUUUUCUAUGCCUCUGGUGAGCAUCAGAUAUCAUUUAAUCAUUUAACGCUCUGGGGUCCCUUUAAUUUGCUCCUCGUUGAAAUUCAGGACAAAAAGAAGUAAGUCUACUCUCAAAAACUGCUAUAAAAACGUAAGAUUCAUAUUUUUUUCUACUUUUUUUGCUUGGAUCUCUGAAUUACGACGGAGUAUUAGAGCCACGUUGGAAAAGAAAUCUGAGAUUUUGAGGAUAAAGUCGUAAACCUACAAGAAAAAAGUCAUUUUACAAGAAUAAAGUCGGAAAUUUAUGAUUAAAAAAAAGUUGUAAUAUGAGAAUAAAGUCAUUUUACAAGAAUAAAGUCGGAAAUUUAGGAUUAAAAAAAGUUGUAAUGAGAAUAAAGUCGAAAAUUUACUAGAAAAAAGUCAUUUUACAAGAAUAAAGUCGGAAAUUUAUGAUAAAAAAAGUUGUAAUAUCAGCAUAAACUCAGAAAUUUACUACAAAAAAGUUGUAAUAUUUUGAGAAUAAAGUGGUAAAUUGACUAGAAUAAAUAGUAAUGUCACGUGUGUUUCGUGUCACGAAAGUAGAGCAUAGCUUUUCAGGAAGGAAAGAAACUUUCCUUGUGCUUCAAGCAAGCUUUUAUUUAUAACAUGGCAGCGAAACAGAUUAGCAUGUCUCGCCCUUCUCACUUUCGCCCUCCUUGUGCUGCCCCCUCCACAUUCCCAAGGGUAAAGGUCACAUAAGUCCCCCCUUUUCAUAGCUGUCUCAGGCAAUGCCUGUUACGACCGAUUAUUAGGGCCAUUUUGAGAAAAAAUAUGACAUUUCGAGAACAAACAAGACAAAAACAACGAUACACAAAAACGCUGCGCUCCGCUGUGUGUGUGUGAUAACAGAGUAUAAGUAGUCAAGGUGGAAUUGCUUGCAGCUCCUCCCAGGCCAAUCAGCAGUGUACUGCAACACAUGACCAGCAGAGGGCAGCGAAGCAGCCCCACAGCACAUUACAAUAUUUUCACUUUAUUCUUAUAAAAUUACUGCUGAUGUUUCAAUUUUUGCUGCUGUAGUUUUGUCCCCUAUGUUUUCUUGUUAAAUUAUAUUUUUAGAUUGUGCCUUUGGACACCCCGAUGUAUAACAAUUUACCACAUGU